AUGCCUUUCAAUUGGCCCGCACCCGACGAACUACUCGGCGUCCAGCCUCCAAGGCCUAUCUCGGAUCCCCCGUCGCUAAAGGAUCUGUCGAACGUAUAUAGAUUGCAACAUGAUCUUUUCCGUCAGACCAAAAUCCAUCCCAACGAAGUGCUUGGGAGGCUGGUUCUUCUAGAACACAAUCUAUGUGAAGCAGUGGCUCACCCCGCCGCCCCGCAGCCUCAGCAAGACAACAUGCUACCCCAGGCUAUUCAGGCACUUCAGCAGGGCCAAGGUGACCUGCUGCAGCAAAUUCAACUUUCUCGGGCUGAGGCGACUGCGGCGGCUGCGGCUGCACAGCAAACUAUGGUUGCAGUACAGCAGCUUACGCAGAACAUUCAGGCAGUCCAGCAGAACAUUCAGGCAGUUGCGCUGAGGGUACAGGCAGUUGAAGAUAUGGUCACCACUCUGACUCAAGAGUCACGUAAGAACCACGGUGUAGUUGCGAAGAUGUUGAACUCGAUGCAAGCAGUUGACCUGCACGUGCCAUUGCUCAUAGUCCCUUUCGCCAACAAUGAAUUGUCACCUCAAGACCUUCAACCCCUCCUUGACCGUUUCACUGUUCACAACCUGCCAGCUGAUCAACACAUGAGGUAUUUUCAUGGCUACUAUCCCGGAGAAGACAUCAGUGGGUAUGAUGAGGACGCCCAGGUCCAGGCCAUCCUCCGGGCUAUCGGUUGCAACCUGGUGGAAGACCGAGGGCAGGCAGCUCCCCUUGUAUCUCUUAUUCCUCUGUUAAAUUAUUGUGAUCAUUAUGCCACCAGCUCGACAGGCUUCUGUAUUAUUUUGUACAUCUCGGUGUUGUAA